AGAAGAAGAGGGGGGGGUGUUUACUAGUGCAGACCGGAAGUGUGUCGCUGCAUGUGAAGCACGCGCCCAGUGGAAAAGUCUGAUGUUCUAAAAUGGAUUUAAACUCAAAGAAAAUAAAUUCUGGAUCCUUAUUAUCGGUUGGAAGCGGCGGAGGUCUCAGUGAGAAGCUCCUCCUGAAGCCCAGAGCCGCCGCUGCCGCCGCCGGGUCCCUGCAGACAGAGCGAGUUCCGAGAAGCAGCGUCCUGCAGCGCCUGCAGAGCUUUCUGCCUCAGAUGGCCGCAGCCAAUCAGAAGCUCCAGCAGCAGAUGGCGGCGGCUCCUGAGGGACGCUUUGACAUAGAGAAUGUGGACCAGGCUGAAAGCAUCAUAGAGAUGGACGUCGCUGUGGUGGAGUUGAACGAGUCGGACAGCGAAUCCGAAGACACGGAGGAGACGUCGGAGUCGGACUCUGAUGACGUCGGCGCAGAGAUCACCGAGCAGAACCUCAAACUCCCCGGAGAGCGAGGGAAGAAGAAAGCCAACAUCCAGGUCCUGGACUAGACGGCCUGAAGGACCUCCCAGCAGAACGCCGCUGUGGAGAACGUCACGAUGUCAUAAUCCCUAUGGGAGAUUUUUCAUGUACCUGUAUAAUCUGGGGCAGAUGCUGGGAUUACCUAAUUUAGGCUGACCCCUCCGCUGUGGUUCGGCCCAAACCUGAACGCAUUUCUUCUAAACGUGGACUCUUUCAAUUAUCUGUGAUGUGAAAGAGUUUCUUUCCUUAUUUCAAAGAAGAAAAACUGUUUUAAUUUCAGUUUUCGUAGGAUUGAAAAUAGGAGUGAGAACCAGUGGAGGACGGACGCCGCAGUACAGCAGAGGGGGUGUGAUGUUGUGGGCGUCCUGAAGCGGCUCAAAGUUCCGCCAUGAUUUUAUCCGUUCAGAGCCGAAUCCUUCCGGCGCUGCAGAGAAGAAGUUCUGCUCAGAUCUUCCGUUUGCUCCAAACGGCGAUCAGAGCGGUUUCACAGCAACGCCGCCAUUUUGUUUUUCUAGAUUCUGUGUUUAUAACAUAAAAAUGAUUCUAAUGAAAUGAUUUUUGUAAAUGUUUCAGCGUUUACUGCAGCGGUGCUUAUAGCAGGAUGAAAGGAAACAUGUCUGGACUGCAGAAUAAUAUGUUUGAAA